GUCCGGGUUAUCCAGGUUAAAGCUUAGAGCAGUGUGGGGGACAUAAAGGCGUUAAACAAGUGUGACCAUGGGAAAGAGGAGACGUGGAUGGUGUGUUCCCCCAUGGCUGACUGGACGGGCCUCUGCCCUCAUAAUACUGUGUCUCACGGGAAUAAAGACAGUAAUGGUGGAGAGCGCAUGUGCACCCCCUGGUUCUAAAGCUGUACAUAUGUGUGAGGGAGGUAGCUUGGACUUGACUGUUGAAAAAGGGACAGUCUACAUCACCAGCGGCGGAAAUUGGCACAACCCGCCCUGCUCGUGUCUUAUAAAUUCUACGGCGCCUAAGGAGACUCCACAAUCCUUGAAAGCUGAUUUCGGAAAAAGCUCUAAUUUCUGCAUACUCCAGCUCGAUGAGUACUCCAAUGCAGGUUCCGUACUUCGCGUUCAUAGCCGCUGUACUACAAACAUGACUGCGACCCUCAAUCCUCACCUGGACAAAUUUUACAGGCUGAUGCACGAAUUCGAUCCAACUCUAAAUCAAACUGAAGUAUGCAUUGAGAUAAAGGGCACACUUUUACGAGAGCAAAACGUUACAGUAACAUGUCAAGGCAAUAACACGUUACAACCACAACCUGUUGCAACAGAAACACUUGUUUCAACCUCAUCAACAACAACAACCACAUUACCAACAGCAACCACUAGAUCGUCUACAACUACACCACCUACAACUACAUCACCUACAACAGCCACAUCACCAACAACAAUCACUCCAUCGACUACGACCAGAUUACCAACAGCAACCACUCAAUCAACUACAACCAGAUCGCCAUCAGCAACUAUUAAAUCCACAACAACUACAUCAUCCACAACAAGCACAUUACCAAUAACCACCACACCGACGAUUACAACCACAUCACCACCAACAACCACUGAGUCGACCACCAUCAGAUUACCAACAACCACCGCGACAGCGACUGCAACCACAUUGCCAUCAACAAUGAAUAAAUCGACUACAACUACAUCACCACCGAUAACCACUGAACUGACUACAACUACAUCACAAACAAUAACAGCAUCACCAACUACAACCACUCAAUCGACUACAUCCACAUUAGCAACUACAACUAUAUCACCCACAACAACAACUCAAUCGACUACAACGGCAUCACCAACAGCAACAACCACUAAAUCCACUACAUCACCAACCACACUGUCCACAACAACCAAUAAAGUGACUUCAACUGCAUCACCACCCACUCAGGCGACUACAACCACUCAAUCCACUAUAUCCACAUUAGCAACUACAACUACAUCACCCACAACAACCACUAAGUCCACUACAACUACAUCACCCACAACAACCACUUGGGCGUCUACAACUACAUCACCCACAACAACCACUUGGGCGACUACAACUACAUCACCAACAACAACCGCUCAAUCGACUACAACUACUUCACCCACAACAACCGCUCAAUCGACUACAUCUGCAUCACCACCCACUCAGGCGACUACAACCACUUUACUCACAACACCUUCUAAAGCGACUACAGCAGUACUACCAACAACUACCACUCAAUCGGCUACAACCACAUUGCUAACAAGACCAACUCAGGCGACUACAACCACAUCCCCCUCAACAACUACUACAGCGACUACAACCACAUUACCAACAACAAUCACUCAAACGACAACAACUAUAUUACCAACAACAACCACUAAAUCGACAGCAACUACACCAACCACUGCAACAACUCGACCCAUUACAACCAUAUUACCAACAACAACCACUCUAUCGACUACAACCAUAUUACAAAAAACAACUACUCAAUCUACUAAAACCACAUUACCAACAACAACCACUCAAUCUACUACAACCAUAUUACCAACAACAACCACUAAAUCGACCACAACUACAUCACCAACAACAACCACUGAAGCAACUAAGACCACACUGCCAACAACAACUCAAUUAACUGCAACCACAUCACCAACAACAAUCACCCAAUCGACUACAACCAUUACAGCCACCACGAAAACGACUACAACCACAUUGCCAUCAACAAUUACUAAAUCAACUACAACUACAUCACCACCAACAACCACUGAACUGACUACAACUACAUCACAAACAACAACAACAUCACCAACAACAACCAUUAAAUCGACUACAACCACAUUAGCAGCAACAACCACUCAGUCGACUACAACCACAUCACCCACAACAACCACUAAAUCUACUACAGCUACACCAACCACAACAACCAUUCAAGCCACUACAGCCACAUUGCCAACAACAACUAAACCAACGACAACCACAAAACUCACCCAAAACCCCACAACAACUACGCAAUCGACAACCACACAAUUAACCACAACCAAGUUAAAGACAACCACAAAACCAAGCACAACACCACCACCGACAACAAUUUCCACACAACCAACUACGACACCCAGACAAACAAUCGCAACAUCUAACCUAUUCACAAACACAAUACAGCCAACACUGGCGACAACAACUGUCGCCCCGAGAAUCACCGAUUCUCCCACAACGAAAAAGAAUGUCCUGUUUACAAAACCCUUCACCACCAACGGGGACGAGCCCUGUGCCAGCGGUGGGGCUGACGACUAGCGGACGGGCACAGACUAAAGGC